GGCUUUCUCUCAUGCAGAGGGAGGAUCCAGGAAGGUUGCCAGUUAGUGACUGUCAGUAACCACAAACACACACACUCACACUCACAGACAGACAGGCAGACAGACAGAGGGGAGAAUCUCGCAGUGAAACUACCAGUCGACAUGUCUCAGUAUUCAGACCUGGAGAAGGCCAUCGACACGCUGGUCUCAAAGUUCCAUUCUGCUUCGGCUGACAAUGGUCCAACCCUGAAAACUGAUGAAUUUAAAAAUCUGUUGUCCUCCCAGAUGCCUAACAUGGUCCAAGGGAUCGGCUCAGACCAGGGAUUUGGUGAAAUCCUGAAGAAAAUGAAUGUAGGUGACGGCGAGGGCAUCUCUUUCAAGCAUUUCUGGGGGUUAAUCCAGUCAGUAGCCACCAGCCAGCACAGCCUCCUCUCCCCCGGGACGGGCUCCUCCUGCAGCUGCAUCGUCCUGUGAGGGGCUCCGUCAGCCCCCAGCUCCACCCUGGAGCUCUCCUACAGAGUUACAGUGUGCUCAUCACUCUUCUAAUCAGGUGCCAGACGAAUAAAAGAGAAUAAAGUCUAGUCUUCCCACAUCAUGCUGUUCCCCACAUAUCUGACAUAAUCAUUAACGUGUUCGAAUGCUAAGGUCUCUUAUUCCAGAGGGAAUUCUGCCCAGCAUCAUUUGCACCAGUUCAAAUUCAAAGUCACUCUAGUUUUGAUUUUUCAUUUUUUUUUGUAAUUUCUACAUGUUUCUGUAUUUUAAACAAAAAUGUUCAUCAUAUAAAAAAAAUAUUCUUCUCUUCAUGCUUUUGUUUACUAGAUAGUAGCCAUUGGUGACUAUGUAGUUUUAUUUCACUGCACAGGUUAGGUUGAACUGGACAAUUUCAUUUUUGGGCCAUGGUUUCAAUGAAAGUAACUGGUGCAGAAGGAGCUGGGCAUAUCCCCAUGUAUAAAGUGAUUCAUGUGGCUAUAUGGUUUACUAUACACAAUGAAAAGAUGAACAGGCCUCCGUUAGGCACAUUUUCUUAUAGCUUGACAUUUGAAAAUGGUCUCCAUCCAUUUGAUACAGCAUCAUUUGUAAUCUUACAAAAAGGAACAAGAACAGGCUCUUAUGGUCAUCUCACUAGCAAACUUCAUAAAUGCAGCCAUAUCGUUUUCAUACAGUGUCGUCAACUUUACGCGUCAAAUCUGCUGACCCGAGGUCCAUCUGAAGGCAGAUCUUUAGAAGCAUUGAAGAACAUGUUUUACUUUCAGAAGCUUUGAAACAUUUAAGAGUUUUCUUGUUUUGUGCCAACUUACUCAAAUUCAAUGUAUGCAGUGAAUUCAAGAGUUAACCUUGUCUUUGAAUAUAAACAUCUCAAAAACACCAAAGUGUAUUCUGGAUUAUUUCUAAAUGUUUGAUUUUGCCGCCCUCUGGUGAACACGUCAAAGUGUGUGCUUUUUAGUCCUUUUAUACAUUUUGUACCAGUAAUGCUUUACCCUUUUGCAUUUUCUAUGUAUUUAUAUUUGGUUAUUCUCUGUAUUCUAAACCUGUGUGACAGCAUAAGAAAAAUGAUGUAAUAAACAUACAAAUAAAUCACCCAUACUGCCA